AUGUCAUUAGAUACGCGCGAAAAUAAAACCAUUUCAAGAAAGGCGAAUAAGCAAGCUUCAGCAUCUAAUGUUAAUAAAAUAAUGAAUGAUACCGAACAAAUGCGUCUCAAUGAAGGUGUAACGAUUAAAGAUUUACGUUUAGAAGAUAAAAAGAGGGUUGCCGAUCUUAUAAAGGAACUUGCAAAAAUAAAUGAAGAUCGAGAAAAAUUGAAAAAAGAACUCAAUAGCCAGCGCCAGUUAUUUGAAACAAGAAUUAAUGAAAUAUUAAAUGAAAAAGAUAAAAGCGAUGAAGAAAGAGCUAAUAUCUUUUUUAAUUCAAAUUUUAUUCAAAAUUUUAUUCGACUAUGCAAAUUUAAUAUUUGA